AUGACAAUAAGUAUUCCUGCCUAUAUGGGAAGCCUAUGGGACCUGAUUACAAGAAGCGAGGCAGAACUAUCAGGCCCCGGCGGCGGGGCUCGUCUAUUAGAUUUAAAGGUGCAGAAGAAAGGAGGCGAAAUAAUAGGGGAAUGGCACCCCAGUGAGUCAAAAGAGAAGCAGGCAGCCGUAGGAUAUCAGCAGCAUCAAUUUGCUACUAAUAUCUGUGGAGGUCUGGAAAUCUGGGGAAGCAAUUUAACAGAGGAUGAGAGUGGAAAUCUGUCAGACUUCAGGUCCGGAUGUUCCCCCAAAGCUACAGGGAGAGCAGUCAGCGGGAACCUCCUCGCCGCCUGCAGCCGCAAGGGGGAGAGCUGGAAGUGGGAUACAUAUAACAGGACGAGACAAUUACAUUACCAGCAAACCCAAGAGAGACAGCUGGCCACUUGUAUUGAUCUCAUAAGUAUAAUAAUUCACGCCUUUGAAAUGAAAGCCUACACCGGAACCACAGGGAGCGUCGACGUUCCAGCGGACGCAUGUGAUAGAGUGUAUACCUUAUUAAAGUUAUGGGGUGGUACAAGAGUUGCACAACAGAUAAUGCAGGAUUGGUUUAUCCAUAAUCCUAAUCUUCAGUUGGGACGAGGCGCCCAAUUAAAUAUAGGAGGUGCUCUAUAUGUCAAGAUAGCCGAGUUUCUAGGACAUGAAGCGCGCGACUACCCAGCCAAGAUAUGCCGAAGCGUAAGGGGAAAACCCGCCCAGGGGACCCUGCAACAGUCAGAGCAUUAUACUCUCGGGGACUAUGGGGAAGAGACGAUUAAUGAGGGAAUGAGCGAAGAAGAAAAGGAACAGAAAGAAGAAGGAGAAAGGCACAGUGGAGGCAGCCACAGUCAGCAGUCGUCGAAGGAGAUGAGUGCCAGAGAUACGUCACAGGAAAAAACCCACCUAGAUGCCCAGGAGGAAUCAGAAGAAUUGUUCUCUUCGAUGGGAGGAAAAAUUAUAGGGGGACUCAUGGGAGCAGGGUCGAUGGCAUUGAUGGCACUGUAUGGGAUGAGAAGGGUAUACAAGAGGUCCGGCAGGUCCAAAUGCAGAGUAGGAGGAACCAAAUCAUCAGGGGGGAGCCAUAUAUGGGACCAGGGGGGACUACCAGGGCGAGUGGCGUAUACUGGGGCCCCCCGGGAAUGA